AUGAAACAGCUGCACGUCUGCAGUGUUGGUGUCACCGACUAUCACCGAUUGGACUUGCGAUGGCGCCAAUGCUAUGCAGUACUGAAGGCAAAUCUUUUAUUUGUCUUCGGUAAGCAAGAUGAUCCGGAGCCACCUUUCCUCAUCCUGAUAAUCGAAGAUUGCUUCAUAGAGCUCUGCGACGAGAACAAACUGGGAAAGGAUUUCACAUUUGAAAUCAAAUACAAAACGACUGGAAACAGUUACAUUUUUGCCGCUGAAGAUUUCAAAACGCUGGAAAGAUGGGUUUCACUGUUGACGAUAACCCCGAUCGACUACAUGUUGCUAUCGAAACAGUCGUUUGCCGAGCAAAUUGAGCGAGUUCAAAAUGCUGAGUCCGAAUCGAAAAAUUGA